AUGUCGUCAGUUAAGCGGAAAAUGCCACCUAGCAGUCUGCUCCAGAGGAGAGUCAAACCCAGAUAUGAGCCAGAGCCCGAAUCAGACAUCGAGGAGGAUGUGAGCGAGGGGCCGAGUGAAGACGAUGUCGGGCUAUCUGGCUCAGAAGGUGAAGAGGGGGGAGAACUUAGCGAGGAUGAGUCGGGGAGCGGCAGCGAUGAGGACAACUCAGAUGCGGCAUCUAGCUCUGAAGAGGAAGAUGACGAAGAAGAACAAGAGGACGAUGGCCCACCAAUAGACGCCUCGCAGCUCUCGUUCGGUGCCCUAGCCAAAGCGCAAGCCGCGAUGCGGUCGUCCUCAUCCAAAUCGCAAAAAGCCAGCGACGCGGCAAAGACCAAGGAAGACGAGGGCUACGGCCACCCGACCAAACUGAGCUCCGCCAAAAAGCUCGACAAGCGCUCCAACAAGCACGCGCCCGUCGAGCUAACCAGCAAGAAGCCCGUAUCCCGCAAGCGCGACUUCCUCACCAGCACGGCCGAGACCAAGCGGCCACAAGCACGCGAUCCGCGCUUCACGCCGCUCGGCCCGGGGGCAUCCACGGCCGCGGCGGGCGGCGGCAGCGGCAGCACGAUCGACGAGAUCAAGGCGCGCAAGGCGUACGCGUUCCUGGACGACUACCGCGCGUCCGAGAUGCAGGAGCUGCGCGCGACCAUCAAGAAGACCAAGGACGCCGCGCAGCGGGAGAAGCUGCAGCGCGCGCUGCUGUCGAUGGAGAGCCGCAAGAAGGCGCAGGACCGCAAGGAUAGGGAGCGCGCGGUGAUUGAGGAGCAUCGGAAGAAGGAGAAGGAGCUGGUCAAGCAGGGCAAGACGCCGUUUUACUUGAAGAAGUCGGAGCAGAAGAAGCGGGUGUUGGUGGAUCAGUUCCAGGGUAUGAAAAAGAGGCAGGUUGAUAAGGCGAUUGAGCGGCGGAGGAAGAAGGUUGCUGGUAAGGAGAAGAAGAUGCUGCCUAUGACGAGGAGGGGGGCGGAGGAGCGGUAG